GAAAGCGCCACCGGGGCAUUGCUUUAGCUGUUGGCUCGGGAGGUGCCGGUGGUUUUUUUAGCACAGAGCUUGCUAAAAGACCAUUGCAGGGCUGCCGUGCCGAUUGCGUGUUUGCCGGAGAGAGCUGGCAGCGAUAUCAGGAAUUGCUGUGGGAGGGCAGUGAAGGAAAUCCCCAAAUUCUGAUGAAAACUCCUCCCCCCAGUUGGGCGGGUAUAAAAGGAAGCAGCAAAUCUGCCAGUUCUGCUUCAAGAAGUGUGGGGAGAGCUGCUGUGUGAGUGAAAUGUGUGGGGAUGCGGGGUGUGUCAGUCAGAAGAGCUUAAACGUGGAUUUGCCAGCACGAAUCGUUCCAAUUUCCAGUUAUAAUGCAAUGAAUUUUUCUUUUAUAUGUAGUGCCACAAACUUGGAGCGAUAAGCGAAGUUGUUGGUAAUGUGCAGAGCAAAUAUCCUGUUUUAUUGUGAUUUAUAUUUACUUAGUAUGGUUGGAGAUUUCAGUUUGUUUGGGAUUUCUUCUUGUGCUUUUUUUCGGUUUGUUUGUGGGGAUUUUUUUCUUAUUUUUCGGUAAAGAAUAUUUUAGUGACAAUGAAAUUCUUGCAAGUUUUCUUGCUUUUAGGCAAAGUCCUUCUGCUGACUUCUCCCAGCCUGGCUGGCAGGUUUAAAACCCAGCGUGCAUACCCAAGAGCAAGCUGCAGCUACCACUGAAGGUCUGCAGACUUAGGGAAGGCUUGGAAGCAUGGAAAGCCUCUGUGCAGCAAACAGCACUUUUGCUGUGGACCUGUUAAGAAGGCUGUGUGAGAAGAACAGUGGGCAGAAUGUGUUCUUUUCACCAUUUAGUAUUUCUUCUGCUUUGUCCAUGGUUUUGCUGGGUUCAAGAGGUAGCACAGAAGCCCAAAUAAGUAAGGUGCUUUGUCUGAAGAAUGCCCAGGAUGCUCACAAUGGGUAUCAGUCCCUUCUCUCUGAAAUUAAUGAUCCAAACACCAAAUACAUCCUGAGAACUGCGAACCGGCUCUAUGGAGAAAAGACCUUGGAGUUUCUUCCAUCAUUUAUAGAGUCCAGUCAGAAAUCCUACCAUGCUGGCCUGGAACAGAUGGACUUCCUGCAUGCUUGGGAGGAUUCCAGGAAACAAAUCAAUGGCUGGGUGGAGGAAAGGACUGAAGGUAAAAUUCAGAACCUGUUGGCAGAGGGGACUCUUAAUUCCCUGACCAGGCUUGUGUUGGUGAAUGCCAUCUAUUUCAAAGGCAACUGGGAAGAGCAGUUCAACAAACAGAGUACCAGAGAGUGGCCAUUCCACAUUAAUAAGAACGAGACCAAACCUGUGCAGAUGAUGUUCAAGGAGGCAACUUUUAACAUGACCUACAUUGGAGACUUGCAGACCAAAAUCCUGGAGCUGCCCUAUGUGGGAAAUGAGCUGAGCAUGAUCAUCCUGCUCCCUGAUGCAAUCCAGGAUGGCUCCACAGGCUUGGAAAGACUGGAAAGAGAACUUACACAUGAGAAGCUGAUGGGUUGGAUCAGCCCUGAAAUGAUGAAAUCUACGGAGGUGAAGGUGUAUUUACCCAGAUUUAAACUGGAAGAAGAUUAUGAUCUGAAACCUAUUUUAAGAAGCAUGGGAAUGCCUGAUGCAUUUGAGUCAGGGAAGGCAGACUUUUCAGGAAUCUCACCUGGUAAUGAGCUGGUGCUCUCUGAAGUGAUUCACAAAUCCUUCGUGGAAGUCAAUGAAGAAGGCACUGAAGCAGCUGCUGUCACUGGGCUGGUCAUGAAUUUUUGUGCAAUGAGAAUUCCAGAAUUCAUUGCUGAUCAUCCCUUCUUCUUCUUCAUCCGGCACAACAAAACUUGCAGCAUUUUGUUCUGUGGCAGAUUUUGCUGUCCCUAAGGAGGAGAUGUCUUGGCGGCAUAGGUGCCC